CUUUACACUUGUUCAGGAUCACAGUCUGCUAACCCCAUUGGUGCUGGCAGUAGAUCUGGGUCCCCCGGAAGAGUUCUGACAACAACCACACUUUCCACUAUGAGCACAGGAGUUCAGAGAGUGUUGGUGAAUCCUGCAGCUGCACAAAAACGGAGCAAAAUCCCGCGAAGUCAGGGAUGUAGUAGAGAAGCUAGUCCUUCUAGGUUGUCAGUAGCGCGAGGCAGCCGCAUUCCUCGGCCUAGUGUGAGUCAGGGCUGCAGCAGGGAGGCCAGCCGUGAAAGUAGCAGGGACACGAGCCCUGUCCGCUCUUUCCCACCCCUCGCUUCCAGACAUCACUCCAGAUCCACCGGUGCCCUCUACGCUCCUGAUACUUAUGGGGCCACAGGUACUGGCUUUGGAAUUAGUCAGUCGAGUAGAUUGUCGUCAUCAGUCAGCGCUAUGCGAGUUCUGAAUACAGGUUCUGACGUGGAAGAGGCAGUAGCAGAUGCUUUGCUCUUAGGAGACAUACGGACUAAGAAGAAGCCCGUGCGGAGGAGAUACGAAUCCUAUGGGAUGUACUCAGACGAUGAUGCCAACAGCGAUGCGUCAAGUGCCUGUUCAGAAAGGUCCUAUAGCUCCAGGAAUGGGAGCAUACCGACGUACAUGAGGCAGACAGAGGACGUGGCUGAAGUCCUGAACCGCUGUGCCAGCACCAACUGGUCAGAGAGGAAAGAAGGCCUUCUAGGCCUGCAGAACUUACUAAAGAACCAGAGAACUCUAAGUCGUGUUGAGUUGAAAAGAUUGUGUGAGAUCUUCACAAGAAUGUUUGCUGAUCCUCACAGUAAGAGAGUGUUCAGUAUGUUUUUGGAGACACUGGUCGACUUCAUCCAGGUCCAUAAAGAAGAUCUGCAGGACUGGCUGUUUGUACUGCUGACACAGCUGUUGAAAAAAAUGGGUGCUGAUUUGCUUGGGUCGGUACAAGCAAAAGUUCAGAAGGCACUUGAUGUCACAAGGGAAUCUUUUCCAAAUGACCUCCAGUUCAGUAUUUUAAUGAGAUUUACUGUUGACCAGACCCAAACACCUAGUCUGAAGACAGUCAAGCCAGCACUGCAGGACCAACUUCGCUCUUUUUGGAGCUCAAAGGUCAAAGUUGCAAUCCUAAAAUAUAUAGAAACUCUUGCGCAGCAGAUGGAUCCAGGAGACUUUGUAAAUUCAAGUGAAACUAGGUUAGCAGUGUCUCGAAUCAUCACCUGGACCACAGAACCUAAAAGCUCAGAUGUUAGGAAGGCUGCACAGUCAGUGCUGAUUUCCCUUUUUGAACUCAACACUCCAGAGUUUACAAUGCUAUUGGGUGCUUUACCAAAAACAUUUCAGGAUGGAGCCACAAAGCUUCUCCAUAAUCAUCUCCGGAAUACAGGCAACAGUGGUCAGGGAUCAAUGGGAAGUCCUUUAACAAGACCUACUCCACGCUCCCCAGCAAGCUGGUCAAGUCCUCUCACUUCCCCAACCAAUACAUCACAGAACACUUUGUCACCAAGUGCAUUUGACUAUGACACUGAAAACAUGAAUUCUGAAGAUAGUUUUCGUAGUCAGGAAGAUAUGAAUGAGCCUGUAAAACGAGAUGCUAAAAAAGAUGAUGGCGACUCGAUUUGCAGUGCUUCUGGAAUAGUGGACAUGCGAGCAGGAAGUGGCGUGAGCGAUACAGGUCGGACAGCUCUGGAUAACAAAACAUCAUUACUCAACACAAUGCCUCCCCACUCCUCACCACGUGCACGAGAUUACAACCCAUACAAUUAUUCUGAUGGUAUUAGUCCAUUUAAUAAAUCUGCUUUGAAAGAAGCCAUGUUUGAUGAUGAUGCAGAGCAGUUUCCUGAUGAGCCCCCCAUGGACCAUUCUGAUCUGGUUGCAGAGCUACUAAAAGAGUUAUCAAACCAUAAUGAAAGAGUUGAAGAAAGAAAGGCUGCCCUGUAUGAGCUCAUGAAGUUAACUCAGGAAGAGUCUUUUGGUGUUUGGGAUGAGCACUUCAAAACAAUACUACUUCUGCUGCUUGAAACACUUGGAGAUAAAGAGCAUGCAAUUAGAGCUUUGGCACUGAAAGUUCUGAGAGAAAUUCUAAGAAACCAGCCAGCAAGGUUUAAGAAUUAUGCAGAGCUCACAAUCAUGAAGACAUUAGAAGCGCAUAAAGAUCCUCAUAAGGAGGUGGUGAGAUCUGCUGAAGAAGCUGCUUCCAUGCUGGCCACUUCCAUUAGCCCAGAUCAGUGCAUCAAAGUUCUCUGUCCAAUUAUCCAAACUGCAGAUUACCCCAUUAAUCUGGCUGCAAUCAAAAUGCAGACAAAAGUUAUAGAAAGAGUAUCUAAAGAAACCCUUACUCAGCUUUUACCAGAGAUUGUGCCAGGUCUAAUACAGGGUUAUGAUAAUUCAGAGAGCAGCGUUCGUAAGGCAUGUGUUUUCUGCCUUGUAGCCAUUCAUGCAGUAAUUGGUGAUGAACUAAAACCACAUCUCAGUCAACUCACUGGCAGUAAAAUGAAAUUAUUGAACCUUUACAUCAAACGUGCACAAACAGGCUCUGGAGCAGGGGAUACAGCAGCAGAUAUGUCUGGACAAAGCUAAUGAAGCUGACAAGAGUUAACCAGGUCUCCUAAAGCAAGGGCAAGGCCCUCUUCAGUGAAAGGAAAAUCCUUACAUGCAACUUCUGGAACUUUAUUCUUGUUUUGGGGUUUUUUUUCCCCUUUCUUUUGUUUUGUUUUUAUUGUUUGGGGUUUUGUUGGUUUUUUUUUUCUUUAACCAAUGGCUGUCCUCAGCCUGCAUGAGACUGAUGCAAUAGAAUUAUUCCAAAUCUAAGGAAAAGCAGUAUUAACAUCAGUUGAUCAAAGCAGAAUAAAAUUUCAAAAUAAUCUUA